AGCCCUAUUCAAGCACCCGAGCGCCGACAAUCUGUGGUGUUAUUAUUCGAUGACUAGGUCAAUUAUCGGUUGAUCUUGUGUUUGUAAAACUUAUUGUGGAUGGUCGUUGGUCAAAUCGACGAAGAAAGCAGCCAGUAUUAUUAGCUACUACCCCGCAUCUGAGGUGCUUGUCGCCGAAAACAAUAUCUCCGCAUAAUCUGACAGCAGAGGCAUUUAAUUCUUAAAACAGACAUCACAAAUAAUUCCACUAUGAUCGAACAGCGGAUGAAGCUCGUUGAACCAGUAGUGAAGUCGUUUCGCGUAGCAAAGGUGUUUCGAGACAACACAGAUCGGAUAAACUGUAUUGACUUUUCAUCAGACGGAACAACACUUAUAUCUUCAAGUGACGAUGAUUCCAUUAUUAUUUACGACUGCACAAAAGGUAUGCAAAAGCGGACACUAAAUUCGAAAAAAUAUGGCGUCGAUCUGAUUCAUUUCACUCACGCGGCAAAUACAGCAAUCCAUAGUUCGACGAAAGUGGACGAAACUAUCAGGUAUUUAUCUUUACACGAUAACAAGUACAUCCGUUAUUUUCCGGCACACGGUAAAAAGGUUGUUACGUUGUGCACGUCUCCUGUUGAUGAUAUGUUUUUAUCCGGUUCUCUAGACAGAACUCUGCGCCUCUGGGAUGUUCGAUCGCCCAACUGUCAAGGUUUUAUGCAACUAAACGGGCGACCCGUCGGAAACUUUGACCCCGAAGGCCUUAUAUUCGCUGUUGGUCUUAACUCUGAGUCUAUUAAGUUGUAUGACCUUCGUACGUUUGAUAAGGGUCCGUUCAAUACGUUCAAGCUGCCUCAGGAUAAGGACUUCGACUGGACGGGUCUGAAAUUUUCACCCGAUGGGAAGACAAUUUUGAUUUCGACAAAUGGAACGGUCAUACAUUUGGUUGAUGCCUUUAAUGGAAACUCUUUACAAAAGUUUACAGGAUUUGCUAACUCCAGACGAAUUCCACUUGAGGCUUCGUUCAGUCCGGAUUCACAGUUUGUUUUUUCUGGCUCGAGCGAUGGCUGUGUGCAUGCCUGGAACGCGGACACUGGCAGUAAACUGGCGAUGCUUCGGGCAGAGCACACCGGUCCUGUUGGAUGCGUUCAGUUCAAUCCCAAAUACAUGAUGCUUGCAUCCGCCUGCAACAAUAUGGCGUUUUGGUUGCCUACGCUUGAAGAAACUACCUAAAUAUACACUGACUGGUAGAUCUCCGAUGUGGUACC